UACUAGUGUAAAGUACAGUUUGUGUUUUCUAGAGCCCAGAUAUGUUUGUCUCUCAUCUUCACCGGUGACUCAAUCACUCACACACAUUGCUCCGGCGCCACCACAAAACUCAGGUUGAUCGGAAAAAGCCAUGGGAGUGGACUACUACAAAGUCCUUCAGGUAGAUCGAAGUGCCAAAGAUGAUGAUCUCAAGAAAGCUUAUCGCAAGCUUGCCAUGAAGUGGCACCCUGAUAAGAACCCUAACAACAAGAAAGAAGCUGAAGCCAAUUUCAAGAAAAUCUCUGAGGCCUAUGAUGUUUUGAGUGAUCCACAAAAGAGAGCGGUGUAUGAUCAGUUUGGUGAGGAGGGGUUGAAUGGCCAGGUGCCACCCCCUGGUGCUGGCGGAUUUUCCGGUGGCGGUGAUGGCGGGCCGGCGUCGUUCCGGUUUAAUCCGAGAAGUGCUGAUGAUAUAUUUUCGGAAUUCUUCGGGUUCUCGAGUCCCUUUGGUGGAAUGGGUGAUAUGGGUGGUCGUGCUGGUGCGUCUGGCUUUCCCAGGGGCAUGUUUGGGGAUGACAUUUUCAAUUCUUUUCGGAGUGGGGCUGGAGAAGGCUCUGGCAAUGCACUAAGAAAAAGUGCUCCCAUUGAGAGAACAUUGCAAUGCAGCUUGGAGGAUUUGUACAAAGGGACUACCAAAAAAAUGAAGAUUUCCAGGGAUGUUACUGAUUCCAUUGGGAGGUCCACCACAGUAGAGGAAAUUCUAACCAUUGAGAUCAAGCCGGGAUGGAAGAAAGGAACAAAAAUAACUUUUCCUGAAAAGGGAAAUGAGCAAAGAGGAGUUAUCCCCGCGGACCUCAUUUUUAUCAUCGACGAGAAGCCUCACAGCGUCUUUAAGAGGGACGGCAAUGACCUUGUUGUCACGCAGAAGAUAUCUCUUGUAGAAGCUCUAACCGGUUACACGGCGCAAAUCACAACCCUUGAUGGGAGGAAUCUUACUGUCUCUGUCAACAACAUCAUUAGUCCAACAUAUGAAGAGGUUAUUAAAGGAGAGGGUAUGCCGAUUCCUAAGGAACCUUCGAAAAGGGGAAACUUGAGAAUCAAAUUCAAUAUCAAGUUUCCCUCCAGACUCACAUCCGAGCAGAAAACUGGCAUUAAGCGGUUACUGACAUCUCCCUAAAUGCAGGUGGUACCUCCUCUCCAUACCACAUACCAAACUGUGUAAGAAUGGAAUUACUUCAUUUACAGUUCAUGAUUUGCAAAUGGAAAUACUUGCUUUGAUUAGAACAGUUUCUUAGAAGGUUGAUAUUUGUUGGUUGUUUCAUGUUGGAUUUGUUUUUUGUCUUGAGUGAAAAAACUUCUUAACCACUUGUGUACUCGUUUCUAUGAAAAGUCAUGGCAGAAAUUAAUUUCUGUAUAACGUAAACUUCUCAUUUGUUUAA